AUGACCGAAUGUGUGGUCAACGAAGAAUGUCUUGGAAGGGAAGGACUUCUUUACCUAGCCCUAUUUGGUGGCAACAUCUUUGCAAUUUAUGCCACUGAAGAUGACCCUGGCCAGCUGAUAUACCUGUACACUGUAAACGAAAGCCUCUCUGAUGCACAGUGGCACACCAUAUUGCUGAAUUUCACAGGAAAAUUUGCCAUCUUGCAGGUCAAUGAUCAUGCUACUGUGUCCAGCCGUAAAGAGUAUGCUGUUCCGACCAUUAGGCUGGCCCAGGAAGGACUCUUUGCCUUUGUUGGAGGUGGCAGUGCUGACAUCAUACGUGUGAUUGGAUCAGACCACCGAUUCCCUGGCACUGAAUCUUUCAAAGGUGAUAUCAGGGAAAUCAAGAUUAACUCAAAAUUUGUGGAUUACUACAAGCCAUCUAUUUUAAUGUCCGCACGGAGCAUCUCCUCAGCUGGCGUUUCACCUCCUCCCACCCAGGCAGCUCCACUCCCGAUUGUCUCGCUCCUUCCUCAUACAUCAAGCUGUUCUCCUUUGGACCUCCUCAUUGAUCCAGCUGGAGUCCAAAUGGGGCUGAACUACGAAAGCUUUCUGCAGUACCAUGUAGACGCCACAUUGCAGAGGCAUCUUUUAUCCAGUUUCAUUAUUUCGAUGAAGUUCCGAACACACGCAGCAGAUGGCAUCCUGUGUUUUGUGGCUGACUCUUUGACUGAUCCUCGGGCUUACGUUGCCCUCUAUUUGGUUGAUGGUUACAUCGAGUUUAAAGUUUCGACAGAAAAGGCGGAUGCUCAGACUUUCACUGUGUUGAGUAUUAUUACCAAAUUCCGCUAUAACAAUGGACAGUGGUGGGAGAUCCUGGUGUUGAGGAUUAAUGAUUUCCUAGCCAUUGUGAACACAGAACGGCGAGAUUACACCAAUAAUAAGGCUAGCUCGUCACGGGUGACCUAUAUCCGGCUGCAAGGAUCUCAGAUAACACCUUUCUAUGUUGGAGGUGUUCCACGUAAUUUAUUCCAACAACUGCAAGGCUGUCAGUUACCAAGUGGAUUCCAGGGAUGUAUUCAGAAGCUGGAAAUCAGUGCGAAUCAAGACAUUCCAGCAGUGAACUUCCUUCUAUUGACCUCAGAGGUAGCAGUGGGAACAGGGCCUUGUUUUACUGCAGUAACUGAAGGUGCUUUUUUCCAGGGCCAUGGAUACAUCCAUUUAGGGAAAUUUGCUGCCAAUGAUGUUACUAUUUCUCUCUCCAUUAAAACUCAUCAAAGAAGUGGUUUACUUCUGCAGUUGUUGGAGCCCUCUAGUGACAAAGAACUGUCAGUAGGAUUCCAGGAAGGACAGAUUGCUGUCAGCAUGUCUUACAAUCUCAGUCCACUUCCCGAGAUCAAAUUCUCACUGCUCAACCCAUACAGGAUCUGUGACAACAAGCCUCACAGCAUUGAGGUCCGACUGCUUGAAAAUGUGGGGCUUGAGAUACGUGUGGAUACAAGUAUUCUGCUAGCCUCACCCAUGCCUGCGGCUUUCUUCAAAGAAAUAAUGGACAUGGAUGUGUAUUUUGGUGGAGCACCAGGUCAGCAUAGUCCAGCAAAAAGCCGUGGCUUCACCGGAUGCAUAUUAUCCAUGUUUAUUAACGGAAAGGAAACUUCAUUUCUUUCUGGUUCUUUAGAAAGAAUCAAUGUCUCCAGAGGAUGUCCCAGUUAGACUAGCGGGUGUUAGAUUUGUAGGAACACUGGUCAACAUCUUAAAAUGGAUUACAAUAGUGAUUUUUACGUGACAGACUGAUCUCAUUUUGCUUCAUUCAUGGAGUGAGUCUUUUUUCUGUAGGAUGUCCUAUCCCUCUGUGUACACAGGAGUAAUAGUAUAAUAAUAAUAUGCAAAUAAAGGAUUUUUUUCACGCAUGC